AUUCCUCUUAAAACAUUGCCACGAAGGACUGUGUAGUGGCUAUUCCUGGUUGUCAACUUGACAAUAUUUGGAAUGAACUACAAUCCGGAAUUGGAAGGCUCACCAGUGACCCUUAUCUGGAGGCUUGGAGAUCCUUAUCUGGAUCUUGGUUUGAAGAUCUUGAGCCAUAGUGGCUAUGGAUUCCAGAAGAUUGAAUCUCCGAGUUAAGGAACACACCUUUAAUCUGGGCUAUGCCUUUCAUCUGGGAUUAAAGGUGUGGUGGAACACACCUUUAAUCUGGGCUAUGCCUUUCAUCUGGGAUUAAAGGUGUGGUGGAACACACCUUUAAUCUGGGCUACACCUUUUGCUGGAGACAAUAUAAGGACAUUGGAAGAAGGGAGUCUAGCUCUUGCUCUUGCUCCUGCUCCUUCGCCUGCUUGCUGCGUGAGACUGAGUAACUGCUAGAUCCUUGGACUUCCAUUCACAGCUGUGACUGAACGAUUGUUGGGAAUUGAGCUGCCGACUGUAAGUCAUCAAUAAAUUCCUUUAUUAUCUAGAGACUAUCCAUAAGUUCUGUGACUCUAGAGAACCCUGACUAAUACAGACUGGAAGAGCUAUAUAGGUAGUUAAGAGCCUAUUUGUAAAAGAUUUCAGUUUAGUUCCCAGUACCCAUGAUGGGGGGCUCUAGGGCACUUACUGGGAUGUCUGGAGGAAACCCCUACCAGCAGCCACAUUUCAGGGGAAAGUUUCUUUGGCUGAAGGGUCUAUCUAGUCUCUUAUGGAUUCUGUGGGUGCCUGCACUCAUGUGCGCAUACCCACACACAGGUGCAUACACAUAUAUAUAGGUAAUUAACAAUAAAAAUAUGUAAAAAAUGUUGACUGUCAUUUGAUUCUGAGGAACUCCAAUGCUGAGUGACCCAGCAGUUAGAGGUCUGUGUUUGUCUUUAAAUAAUGCGUGUUUGCAAUAACUAUAAAAGAAUUUACAUCAUGCUUAUAUUUCUUUAAGCUCACUUUAGACCCCUGAAAUAAGACUUGUUUCAUAUCUUGUAUUUUUGCCCUAAUAGCUGAUGUUCCGUAAAAUGCGAGGCUUAAGCGAGUUUCCAGAGAAUGUUGCCACCAUUGGUGAUGUCCUGUCCCACCUGACCUCCUCAGUGGACCUAGACUUCGGUGCCCAUCAACCCCUCCAUGUGACAAUGCUGCCCAACCCCUCACAUCUGGAAGCUGUUAACCCCGUGGCUGUAGGGAAAACUCGUGGCAGGCAGCAGUCUCGGGAAGAUGGGGACUACUCCCCGAAUGGUUCUGCUCAGCCUGGGGACAAAGUCAUAUGCCUGCAGCAGGCGGGCAGGAUUUGGUGACGGGAGCUCCUUCUCUCUGUCUCUUCAGCGGUCCACGGUGACGCUUCCUUCUGCGGUCAGGGGAUUGUCCUUGAGACGUUCACACUCUCUAAUCUUCCACACUUCAGAAUUGGUGGGAGCAUCCAUCUAAUUGUCAAUAACCAGCUGGGCUACACCACUCCUGCAGAGAGAGGAAGGUCGUCCUUAUACAGCUCUGAUAUCGGAAAGCUCGUAGGCUGUGCCAUCAUCCAUGUCAAUGGAGACAGCCCAGAGGAAGUGGUCCGAGCGACACGCCUGGCUUUUGAAUAUCAGCGCCAGUUCCGCAAGGAUGUGAUUGUUGAUUUGUUAUGCUAUAGGCAGUGGGGUCAUAACGAGCUAGACGAGCCUUUCUUCACCAACCCAGUCAUGUACAAAAUCAUCAGAGCCCGCAAGAGCAUUCCUGAUACCUACGCAGAGCACCUCAUUGCCAGUGGACUCAUGACCCAGGAGGAGGUUUCCGACAUAAAAACCUCCUACUAUACCAAGUUAAAUGACCACUUGGCCAAUGUGGCCCACUACAGCCCCCCGGCCACUAACCUGCAGGCCCGCUGGCAGGGCCUGGUGCAGCCAGAAGCAUGUGUCACCACCUGGGACACAGGGGUGCCUCUAGAGCUGCUGCGGUUUAUUGGUGUGAAGUCCGUGGAGGUUCCAGAGGAACUGCAGGUGCACAGCCACCUUCUAAAGAUGUAUGUUCAGUCAAGAAUGGAGAAGGUGAAGAAUGGAAGCGGUCUAGACUGGGCCACCGCAGAGACACUUGCCUUGGGCUCCUUACUCGCUCAAGGUUUCAAUGUUCGUCUGAGCGGCCAAGAUGUUGGCCGUGGGACUUUUAGUCAAAGGCAUGCCAUGGUGGUUUGCCAGGACACUGAUGAUGCCUACAUCCCGCUGAACCACAUGGACCCCAACCAGAAGGGUUUUCUGGAGGUUAGCAACAGCCCCCUGUCAGAAGAGGCUGUCCUGGGAUUUGAAUAUGGGAUGAGCAUCGAAAGCCCCACGUUGCUGCCCCUCUGGGAAGCUCAGUUUGGCGAUUUCUUCAAUGGAGCCCAGAUCAUCUUUGACACAUUCAUCUCAGGAGGAGAGGCCAAGUGGCUCCUGCAGAGUGGCCUCGUCAUCCUCCUUCCACAUGGCUAUGAUGGAGCUGGGCCUGAGCACUCAUCUUGUCGGAUAGAGCGCUUCUUGCAGAUGUGCGAUAGUGCAGAAGAAGGUGUGGACAGCGACACUGUGAACAUGUUUGUGGUACACCCGACCACCCCUGCUCAGUACUUCCAUUUGCUAAGAAGGCAGAUGAUUCGGAACUUCAGAAAACCUCUCAUUGUUGCAUCUCCAAAAAUGUUACUCAGGUACCCUGCAGCUGUGUCAACUCUUGAGGAAAUGGCACCAGGAACAGCAUUCAAACCUGUCAUUGGUGAUUCAUCAGUAGACCCAAAAAAUGUUAAAACCCUCAUAUUCUGCUCCGGCAAACAUUUUUAUGCCCUGCUGAAGCAAAGAGAGUCUCUGGGGACUAAGAAACAUGAUUUUGCCAUCAUUCGACUAGAGGAGCUCUGCCCUUUCCCGCUGGAUGCAUUACAACAAGAGAUGAGCAAAUAUAAACAUGUUCGAGAUGUCAUCUGGAGUCAGGAGGAGCCGCAGAACAUGGGUCCAUGGUCUUUUGUUUCUCCAAGGUUUGAAAAACAACUGGCUUGCAGGCUCCGUCUUGUAAGCCGACCCCCUUUGCCAGCACCUGCGGUAGGAAUUGGCACAGUGCACCAGCAGCAGCACGAAGACAUUCUCUCCAAGACCUUCACUCAGUAAAGUGCUAAGCAACAGAAGAAAGUGCGCUCCUCCAUUCCCUCCCCUCCCCCUAGCUUAGCGUGGAAGUCUGCGUUCCCCUGAAGUUCUGGACUGAUUUGAACAACUGAAUCUGGAGUACAUGGACUACACAGGGGAACUGAUUUUAUAAGUACAUGAAACAGACAGUAGGUUUCACGCUUUGCAGGACAAUAGUGUUUGUUAUGCUUUCGUUCGAUGUGAGUGAACUGGAAGAGGGGGUCAUUAGGCAGUCGGGUUCAGAUUCCACUGUAACUGCCUGUAAAUGAGCAGAGAACGGUCUUUGACCAGAACGUGGGGCUGUGUAUAGGCAGCCCCAACACUACCUCUUAAUUGGUUCAAUACACAUAACUUUCCAUAUCUUUCCUCCCUUUUAAGGUCAGCAAUAUUUUCGUUUUAAAUGUCAUCUUAGAACCGCUCUACAAAAGGUUCCAACAGAUACCACUAAAACUAGACCAUUCUGGAUUCAUGUUCUUUCAGGUUUGAUCCAUUAUCCUUAAAAGUAAAUGCUGUUAAAUACUAACUGCUGAUUGUAUGGUCGUCUAACGCUGUACCCAUGCAGUCUCCUGUAGUCCAGGCUGGCCUCACAAUCACUGUAUAACUAAGGAUCACCUUGAACUUCUCAUCUUCUUACCUCUACCUCCCGAGGGCUGGAACUGCAGACUUGUGCGACCAUGCCCAGUUAACGCUGGUAAUGAGCAUCCAUCAAGAAUGGUCGACCAGCCGGGCGGUGGCACAGCCUUUAAUCCCAGCACUCGGGAGGCAGAGGCAGGCGGAUUUCUGAGUUCGAGGCCAGCCUGGUCUACAGAGUAAGUUCCAGGAUAGCCAGGGCUAUAUAGAGGAACCCUGUCUUGAAAAACCAAAAACAACAACAACAAAAAAAGAAUGGUAGACAAGCUCUCUACCAAAUGAGCUCCAGCCUUGGCCCCUAAUAAAUGUUAAGUUAUGAGGUAUUAACUGUAUUAAGGUGGACUUCGGUUUUUUUUUUCUAUUAAUUUCCCCUUUCCCCAUUAUAUUGCUAUGACAUUUCCUUUUUUGUUUGUUUGUUUUUGAUUUUUUUCGAGACAGGGUUUCUCUAUGUAGUCCUGGCUGGCUGUCCUGGAACUCACUCUGUAGACCAGGCUGGCCUUGAACUCAGAGAUCCCCCUGCCUCUGCCUCCCGAGUGCUGGGAUUAAAGACGUGCGCUACCACUGCCCAGCUGCUAUGAUAUUUUCUGAUUUUUAAAUUAACUUUGGUGUUGGGUAGAGGGAUUUAAGUGCCAGGUUAAUCACUUUUGUCUCUCAAAGCUGCAGGUACAAAUAUGAUGUAUAUUUGGGCUAUAAAUUUCAUUAAGUUUUAGCCACAUUCCCAAACCAGGUACGUGGGGUUCCAUAGAGGUUGAAUCUAGUGUUGGCCGCAAACUAAAUGGUAGCUAUGUGACGUCCCUUGAGUUGGUUCUCAGGAGCAUCUACUGUGUACCAUUCUGACUUUACGACAGUUUUUUAAAAAGGUUAUGGGGACAUAGGAAGGGCUGGAAUACAUCCAUUGCCUUUCCAAUUUUACCAGCAAUGCGCCAUGUUUUACAUCAUUGAUGUGUAGGCAGUCCUGGCUAUAGUAAUAGAUUCAUAAUGUACUUCUUUUUUUAUUUUGAUUUUUGAGAUAGUUCUGGCUGGCCUAGAACUCUCUGUGUAGAGCAGGCUGGUCUUGAACUCAGAGGUCUCUCUGUCUCUGCCUUCUGAGUGCUGGGAUUUAAGGUGUGUACCACCAUGCCAGACUAUUAUUUGCAUUUUAGAAUAAUGCUGCAGUUAUUUAGCAUCUUUCUAGUAUUUGCCCUCUUUCUUUCUACGACAUGUCCCCUCCUGUCUGCAGCUGGGUAUUAGUUGCAGUACUUUGUACUUACUGGCUCCAUCAUUGUGCCAUCUCUUUAACCCUUUCCCUCCCUUUCCUUUCUGCAUCCUUCAGUCCUUCUUUCUUUUGCCGAGCCUUAUGAAUCUUGUCACUUCAUUACUACUUAUAUAAAUCUGUAAAGUUUCAAAGGCAAGUUUAAUAAGAAUAAUAGUGUAUAUUUAAGUUUAAAAAAACCAUAAUGUACCUUUAUUCUCUUAUCUUUUGGUUUCUUAAAUUAAAAGAUAUUAAAACUCUAAGAUGGAAUUUAAUAUAUUUAAAAAUGUUUUUGUCUUGCUCUUUCUAAAUUUCUUCCUAUGCUGCCUCUCACAAGUUUAUUAUUUCUUGUUACAGUUUUCCCUGACAGAGCUAUGAAAAUGUCUUCUGCCUUUCUACCUUUAUAUCAGCCACAUUCUGAAUUGUGUUGCAGAAAGGGACAUUUGAAUUAUUUCAUAUGAAACACUACUGUAUUUUCUUUCCUCUUAAAAAUGUUAGUUUUUCUUAUCUGCUGUCCAUAAUUAUGCAUGUUUAAUGUUCAGUGAGAACUAGAGCUUCAGUUAUGUAAUUAGUAAGUUGAAAUAUUAAAAAUAAUGAAUUUUGCUUAAAAUGA